AUGGCAGAUGAACCCAGAAACAACACCCCAGAACCCAGAAACAACACCCCAGAACCCAGAAACAACACCCCAGAACCCAGAAACAACACCCUAGAACCCAGAAACAACACCCCAGAACCCAGAAACAACACCCCAGAACCCCAAAACAACACCCCAGAACCCAGAAACAACACCCCAGAACCCAGAAACAACACCCCAGAACCCAGAAACAACACCCCAGAAUCCCAAAACAACACCCCAGAACCCAGAAACACCACCCCAGAACCCAGAAACAACACCCCAGAACCCCAAAACAACACCCCAGAACCCAGAAACAACACCCCAGAACCCAGAAACACCACCCCAGAAUCCCAAAACAACACCCCAGAACCCAGAAACAACACCCCAGAACCCAGAAACAACACCCCAGAACCCCAAAAUAACACCCCAGAACCCAGAAACAACACCCCUGAACCCAGAAACAACACCCCAGAAUCCCAAAACAACACCCCAGAACCCAGAAACAACACCCCAGAACAGAGAAACAGAACCCAGAAACAACAGAAAACUAAAAGAGGGGAGGCCUUCAUUUACUGA